CAAAUAAUAUUAUUGUUAUUAUAAUAUCAGCGCGAAACUGUGACCUCUAUAAUCCCUAACGUUCUAUUAUUCCUCCAAUUCCAAAUUAUCCCCAAUUGCGAGUAAUCAGUCACCGUCUCAGCCCUUCCCGAUUUCUUCCCCAAAAGAAAUCGAAAAGAAUAUGUCAUCCUUUGAUAAUGUUGUUGGUGGGAGGCUGAAGCUGAAGGGUAAAGCUUUGGAUGUGAAAGCUGGUGGUGUGAAGAAGAAAAAGAAACAUAGAAAGCAUCAAGAAAAAAAUUCUCUUGUCACAGACAAUGAACUCUCGGCUGGUGGAAGUACAGAACUAACAACUAAUCCUGAUGAGGAAGAGAUAGAUGAUACCAACAAAUCGAGUGAGGCAGAAAAAGCUCCUAGUUACGAUCAUCAUCUCACGCCUGCGGAGAAACGGUAUAUAGAACAGAGGGAGAAACUUGAUGUUAAUAGGUUGGCCAAGACUGCUAACAAGUCUCACCGUGACAGGAUUCAGGAUUUCAAUCAGUAUCUGGCAAAUAUGAGUGAGCAUUACGACAUUCCAAAAGUUGGCCCUGGCUAAUUCAGACAAGUUUGUCAGCACCAAAGAUUCAAAGCCAACAGAUCAACCUUUUGGAUUGUCAUUUGCAUAUCAGUUUGUGGUCUUUUGACAACAAUGAAAUAUAUUGUUAUUUGGCAGCUUUAUCUUGGCUAUUUGUUAGUGUACUGCAGAUGUAGUUACCUUUUGUGGAAUUCAAUUACUAACUUCCUCUUUCUAUGA